AUGGCGGUGUCUGGAAGAAAAGCAGUGGCACCAAUCAAAGGUUGGUUUGAUAGUAAUAUAAAUCAUUUUUGUGAUCCGUGUAAAACUGAUGGUCAAAAUGUAAAAGCACGAGGAUAUUGUGAAGAUUGCCAGGAAUAUUUAUGCAGCUCGUGUUUUUCUUCUCAUAGAAAAACAAAGGCCUCAAAACAUCAUAAAUUACACGAACGAUCCGACGCUACAAAUACAUCUAUAUUAGAUGAUAAAUGCCCAUUUCAUAACACCGAAAUUGUCAAGUUUUUCUGUCCUAGACACGAAGAACUAGGAUGUCAUGAUUGUAUGGUUCUUAAGCAUAGAACAUGUGAUCUUGAUUAUAUCCCUGACACGUGUAAAGGUAUAGCUGACAGUAAAGAGUACGAUGACACGUUGAAAAUGCUGGAGUUAAAGUUACAAGCAGCAGGAAAUUUGGAAAGAGAAAUUUCUGACAAAACUACGGAAGCAGACGAAUGUUUUAAUCAAGCGCUUAAAGAUAUUGACGACUUUGAGUACCGAAUCAUCAAUCGUAUAAAAGAAAUGAAAACUAAAGCUGUUGAAAAUGCAAAACAAAUAAAUGAAUCAAACAAAAGGGCAUUAAAGACAAGGCAUGAAGACUGCAGUAAAAUGUUGUCAGAUGUUAAACAACUUCAAGCAAGUCUAAAAGACAAUAAAACUUCCGGGAAGGAAAGGGAAAUAUACAUAGCUGUAAAAAAAGCUAAAUCUCUGGCCGUUGAUGAAAUCAGGACUGAAGUUUUAACAGAAAUAAGAAAACUUAAAACAACUUACACCUUCAAACGGAACGAAGAGAUGGAAUAUGCAUUAUUUAAGAACAUUUCAUUAGGAAUACUAGAGACAAAAAAUCGUUCUGUAAGCUCCUUACAGCAUUUAAGGAACAUUAAAGUAAAAACAUUUUCAGAUGGAUAUGAAUGUUCUAUCGCAGGAUGUUCAUUAAUUCCACCAGAUAAAGUUUUACUGGCAGAUGAAAGUAAUAAAAAACUUAAACUGUUUAAUAUCAACAAUGACCGGUUGAUAAAUGAAAGAGAGGAAAAUGGAGAACCGUGCUGUGUUGUUCAUUUGUCUCAAGAUGAAGUAGCUGUUGCGAUGUUAAGAAUGAAAGCAGUUCAAAUUUUCAAGACUGAUGAUGACCUUUCCCUAGUUCGUACUGUUCAACUUGGUAGACAAUGUUGUAAUGUCACAUAUAACCAAGGAAAGGUAUAUGUUGUUUGUUGGAAUCCAGAAAGUGUGUUAGUAUUAGAUCUUUAUGGUACCAUACAGACAGACAUUCCACUGAGUACAGAUAACAUUCACAUGACAAUUCCAUCUGGCAUUGCUGUAAGUGCAGACUCUAAAUAUAUAUAUGUAAGUGACUAUAAUAGUAACAUUGUACGCCUUACAAACAAUGGAAGUGUAUCAAGUAUCUAUAAAGAAGACAAGAAAAUAAAAUCACCUUCUGGGAUACUUCGUCUAGAGGAUGGAUCACUUCUUGUCUGUUGCCGUAACAGCAAUACAGUAUACAGAAUUUCUGAAGAUUUCAAGACAGGAUUUAAUGUUCUAGAUAAAAUAGUAGCACCGAAAAGCAUUUGUAUAGAUUAUAACGGUGACAAAGUGUACAUUGGUUGUGAUAAUGCCACUUUCAAUGUGUGUAAAGUUGGUUAUCAGAAAUAA